AUGACCCUGGCUAAGACUGCGAGGAAGGAGGAACCAGAGGAGGAUCUGUCGAAUGGGAAGGUCAUCACAAAGGAGGACGAGGGAGCAGUGUCUCCAGCCUGCGGUGGCGGUUGGUGGGGUGGCUGUCAUCACCACCACGGAUGUUGCUGGCGUCGCUGCUGCCACCAUCAUCACCACUGUUGCCACCACCAUCAUGGCUGGGGCUGGGGUUGGGGUUGGUAAACACGCACAGUGCGUCAUUUCCUGUUAGCUAAUAAAGAGGUUGUCCCUUACUUGUGCCUUGUCUGCUUGAACUGCAGGUCAAAUCUGUGAUGUCAGAGAACUGUUUGGAUUCACAUCAAAUGAUUAGUUUUGAGCUGGAGUUCUUGUGGGAGUGCGGACUAGGAAGGGCGAAAUUUAACUAACUACCAAACCGUCCCUCUUUCAGAAUCCAAGCAGCAUGUAACGUGGCAAUGCUUUGAAUUGUAGCGAUGGGGGAAGCAUAACGCACUCAGUUAUGCUGUAGUAACCAUGGUCUUGCUGAUAAGGUGAACCCCAAAUCACCGAGUGUUGGGCGGUCGAACUGUCAGUGGUAUAGCUAGGCUAUGGUAAUAAAUCGACGAUAGGGACACAUAAGUUUCGAAAUUCGUGGUCGCUUUUAGUGUCUCUUAGUCGCGGGCAGGAGAAGUUACUUAGGAAACUUGAAAGUCCCCAGGGCCCUGUCAAGGUAUUUGUGCCCAAUUGUAUGGGGACCUCCAUCUCUCUUCCGGGUCUGUUUAUCCACCUGUCCCAUGUGCUGUGACUUUUGACCAACUACCCCGUCUCCUGGGAAUGCGUUGACGCUUCGGCGAUAUGUGGGUCUGUCCAGACCACCUGCGACCUUUCCAGUGGAUGAUGUACUUUAUUUCCCGGAUGUUCUGAACGAGAGCCUUCAAUUAAGGCGUUUACGUUUUGCGGAAGUGGCUGUCCUUUGCUGUUUUUAAGGAACCGGAUUCAGGAGAAAAACCAGUUUUUUCAUGCAAACUGGAGAUAGAAGACUGCUUUCUUGUUCUCGAUGUGGGAGUUGACAGGUAUCAUAUUAGAGGCCCUAGGAACUGAGCUCUGAAAGGCGUGCCUGAAUGCCAAAUGCCUGUUUUCUUGACACGGACCGUUAGCUGGCAGAGAACAUACAUAAGCAGAACUGUUGUUAAGAGCAAAAUUGUGAUAAGCUAAUCCUAUGUGAAUGAAAGUAUUCAGUUCUGUUGGAGCCCAAAGCAACGCCCAAGGUGCCCUGAUUCCGAGGGAAAUCGGCUUGGUCGCAGCUCUGUGGUCGUGCAGGUUCGCUGAUCAUUUUAUGGCGUUGGUGUCUCCACUUUAAAUCCGCCCGCUGGAGCGUGCUGCCUUCUCUCAUGCAGGAUUGUAUCGUACACCCUUGAGUUUCCCAUGAUACAGAUAUCCGUCAAUCUAUCAUGGUAUUCAAGGAUGCGCAUAUUAGGCCCAGUGUACUUAACAGACAAUUAACUGUGAGCCCUGUUGGGUGACAACACAACAUCGUAUGCAUUUGUCUUUUAAAACACACACACACACAAUAAAAUCAGGUAAUUUGCAAAAGCUUCGAAAUUUCCCACGCAAUACAAAAAGUCUUCCUAUCGUGUAAUUUCUCGAGGGAAGACAUGUAAAUGAAUGGCCUCUAAAAGCGUUUUAAAUAGUGCAUCUGUACACGGAAAAUGUGAAAGUCUGGUCUAUGUCCUACCAUGCUACCACCCUAGCUUGGGCAAAAACGAGAAAGGACCGGUACUUAACCCGAAGAGAAUGGCCUAAACGUCCUCUAAUUUAUGGUAAGUGUCGAAUCUCACGUGACACUGGUCCAUAAUUUUUGACAGGCUUUAAAAUGGAAGAUAAUGCUCGGAUGAGGUCGCAAAAAAGGAUUGAGGGGAGGCUGGCAGUUGCAUUGCAUGAUUAGCGAGGUUUGCAUUCAAACCCCUUGUCGGAACAAAAAUCAGCUGAAUGGUAGUCAACUAACAGCGGGCAGACUGCAGAGGACACUUAACCCAGCGGCCUUGUGAUGGGAAACAGAACGCCGAUAGUCCUGCAGGCGGUCGCAUGUACUUCUGAGAAUUCUGGAGCUGGCUUAGCUGGCAUCAGUCCUAGCCAAUGCACCCAGACGCAUAGGCAGAUCCGUCAUAUCCUGAACAUGCGUCCUCUUUUAACACAACGAAUGACGGAGGUGUCCGAUCUUAGCAGUCUGUUUACAUCUUUAUUAUUACUGGGCUGCAUGCUGAACGCACACACUGCCUUGGCAGACGCAAGUUGUCCCUAUGUCAAUGGACACUGCUCAGUCCAAAAGCUGGUCACCGCUAAGAUGAUGCAAGUCGGCGAUUCACCGAGCGACAGUCAGGCAAAAGGAAGUAGUCCUCAGACUCGACGGUCCCCUCCGGUGGUCAGUUACGUGGUCCUACCACUAAAGAGGUGGAAAUGCACCUGCGGAUUAAGGUCCUUUUGUCCCACAAGAAGAAAUAUCUUCGGGUAAUGAAGUGAAGCUAUUGGCAAGAACUACAAGCGUAGGGGCCACGGAACACAAAAACUGCCGAGGAUGAUUGCAAACCUCUGCUAUUACACAGGGUAGACUCGCCCGCAGUCAGCAAGUCUACUGCCUAAACAAUGACGACCUAACCGAUUGAAAAUAUAAUUUCGGCUAAAUUUUCCUCUACAAAAUGCUGGAGACGACUCCGCGCAUAGUCUGUUAUAACUGUAGUUUCCAUCGGAAGGCCACGAAAUGAACGCAUAAGGGUCUAUAUCGGAUCAAACCGGGCGCAACCACCUUCGUCUAACCCUCAACGCUGGCAGCUGGAGAGCACAGAACCUUUAAGAAGGAGUCAACAGUACAUUUGGAUCCACUUCUCACAGCCCGCAGGAUGUCUGUGGUUAAGAAAUAAUCACUACACAGAUGAAAUGCUUUGCCGGAUUAAGGGAAAAAAAGACGAAAAGUAGAAUAGUAUUACUUUAUUUGUUAGCAGGAAAUAGCGGAAUUUGGGUGUUUACCAACCCCAACCCCAACCAUGAUGGUGGUGGCAACAGUGGUGGUGGUGAUGAUGGCAGCAGCGACGCCAACAACAUCCGUGGUGGUGGUGAUGACAGCCACAGCCACCCCACCAACCGCCGCCACAGGCUGGAGACACUGCACCCUCGUCCUCCACCUUCGCACUCACCUCCCUCUCUGGUUCCUCCUCAUCCUUCUUAA